AUGGGCUGGAAUAAACGUAUUAGGGUUGACGACUUGACGCUAACUCAAAUCAAGUCUCGUUUGCUACUUCGCCUCCUGCCUCUACGCUUUGGACUUGCUCUGCCUCCGAAUCGUUGCGUCCGAUUGGAUAGAGCAAAAAAGGCGAUUGCUCAGGCUUUCAAAAACAAAGAAGAUAAGUAUGCAGAAGUCUUCAAAAUCAUUGACAGGAGGUGGAAUUGGCAUCAACCUUUGCAUGCUGCUAGACAUUACUUGAAUCCGGCCCUAUAUUAUGAAAAUCCGAAUGUGGAAAAUGAUGAUGAAGUGAUGAGUGGAUUGAAGUCGUGUAUUCAUAAAUUAGCAUUGAACGAGGACGAGGAGAUGAAGAUUCAUGCCGAGCUCCCAAUAUACCGAAGUGCACAAGGGAUCUUCGGGAACCCGAUAGCGAAGAAAAUGAGACGGAGUGGUGGAUGCAAUAUGGAGCAUCAGCCCCGACACAUUAAAAAAUUGCAUUCUAAGAAAAGAAACCGGGUAGAGCAACAAAAGUUGAAUGACCUUGUUUAUAUCAAGUAUAAUCGGGCUUUGAGAAGGAGGUACAAUAUGCGUGAUACGAUUGACCCAAUUAUAUUGGACGAUGCAAAUGUUCUAGAUCAGACUGAGUGGUUGAUGGGAGGCGAAGAAGAGGAGGAAGAUGCCCCGGUCUUUGAGGGUGAGAAUUUAACAUGGGGUCAAGUUGCAGAUGCUGUUGGGGCAUGUGGGCCACCUUAUUCUCCAAGAAGCAGGAAUAGGGGAGCUGUUGACAAGUCUGCAUCGAGCUCCAGAGGAAUAUGUUUAAUAGAUGAGGAUGAUGACAAUAACUUGGGUGAAGAAGAAAAUGAUGUAGCUGCUUAUAGAGAUUUUGAGCCUUCAUUUGUUCAAGAUCAUGAUGAUGAGCCUGUCUAUGAAGAUCUAGAUGAUCUUUGA